AUGAACCGUGUAGGAGAUAUACCGGCUUAUUUUAUUAGAAAUUGGCAUGUAAGAGAUAUACCUCCAAUUGCAAGGACCAGCGCAGAUCCUCCUCCCAAAGUGCCUUUUUAUGCAACGACCAACUCUUUUGCAAGGACCAACUCUGAUUUAGCCGCCUCGGAAAAGUCAGGCUAUUUCACCUAUUAA